UUCAUUCAUUUCAUUGUCUUGUCAACGAGUCGUUGCCGACGAGUCGCAUUUUUAGUGCUUUCUUAAAUUAUAAAAAAAAGACGCAUAACCAUCUCACAAAAUGGGUUCCAAAUUACAGGAGUACAAAGACACGUUAGAGCGUAAUUUGAACGAUAAAAGCAAACCAUGGACGAAAUAUUUCGAAGCGGCAGAGCAGAAAACCGGCGUGAACAGGGUUUACCUAUUCGCUGGUCUGGUGGCGUUCACUGGUUUAUAUUUAGUGUUUGGAUUCGGGGCUGAAUUGAUAUGCAAUUCGAUUGGUUUUGUAUACCCGGCCUAUAGAUCGAUGAAAGCCCUCGAAUCGCCACAAAAAGACGACGAUACCAAAUGGCUCACUUACUGGGUGGUGUACGCGUGUUUCUCUAUCGUCGAAUACUUCUCUGAUUUCAUCGUGGGCUGGUUCCCGCUUUAUUGGUUAAUAAAGUGCAUCUUCAUUAUAUGGUGCUACUUGCCCACGGAGUACAACGGCUCGCUGAUCAUCUACCACCGCAUCAUUCGCCCGUACUAUCAGAAGCACCACGGGCGCAUCGACAACAUAGCUGCCUCCGCCUCGCGCUUGGUGACGGAUGCAAUUGGGAAGAACAACUAAAUUUGUAUAAAAAAUGAAAAAAGUACAAACUGUUUCACAUGCUUUUGCCACCAGCUUCUUCAGCACAAUUUUUUAACUAUAAAAAAUAAAUUUAUAAUCUGUGGUAAAAUAUUUUUGAAUAUCGAAUUCAAGUAAGCGUAAUCUAUAGAACUGAAACUUAUUACCUACAAUAUAAAGGUUAAUAGGACCUGAGAACUGUCAUCUGUAUGAUCAAUGAAACAAAAUUUCUCAUAAAACCAAUUUUGGAUAAAAACAAUUUGUUUUUAAUUAAAUAUCUGUUUGAAUUUGUUCAUAAAAGUGUCACUUGUUUUUUUAUUCAAAUUUACCCGCCAAAAACCAUAACCUGAAUAAUAAUUCUGUAUACCUUUAUGGGUAUAUUGAUAAUACAAGUAGUAUAUUAUGGUCUUUUAAAAUUAAAUCAAGAGAAUGUUUAAUAUUUUUUUAAAAUAGUGCAUUACGUUUAUUACUUACAAGGAUUACAUUAUUCAAUAUUUUGACUUAUUACUAAGGGUCAACACAGACCGACGGAGUAGCCCCGAAGAUAAUAAUUCGUCAUUCUUAAUAGACUUUAGCUAUUUGAAUAUAUGGUUGAAAUUUAUAUAAUCAUAGAAAAAGGGGGGCAAAGGCGUGACUGCUUGGCAAGAGUGAAAGAGAGAGAUAUAGUGUUGCUGAGUGUGUCUUGCGAACGAUUUAUUGCAAUAUGCCUUCACUCCGUCAGUCUGAACUGAACCUAAAGUAAAGCGCGUGUAUAAAGGCCUAAAUUUUGACAAUAUGAGCUUAUAAUGAAUUUGUACUUUUUUAAACCAACUAUGUAUUCUUUUUAUUAUAGUCAUGUAUUAUUAUAAUAACUCGUUUGUAAAUCGUGUUUUUUUUUACAAUUUUCUUAGACGUAAAUUCUUAGUUGAAUUUUUCUUCGGCUGAUAAUGUCUUAGGGCUUAGAAGCUAAGUAAACAUCCCUUUUAGUUUAUUUUCUAUUUUAAGAUCUCUAUGUGGAACAAUGAAUUCUUAUUUCAAUAAUAGAUUUGCUCAAGGAAUGUUAGUAGUAUAUCUGUUAAGUUUUUUUUCUGUUAUGGUUGGAGUAAUGUUAGUUUUCUAAUGUUCCCAGAAUGUAUCCUUGAGUGUUGCCAUAAUAUGACCUUUUUUAAUUACGAUUGAAAAAUAUUUUUGCAUCAUUGAAAUCUUUUUUAUAAAGAUUUGGGAGUAAUAUGAAAUGAUAUAAUAUAUAUUUCAAUAUUACCAGAAUAAAACCUCGUGUGUCGCCAUUAAUGUUGAUUUGUUCAAGCAUUUUUCAUUUUUAUGCUUAAAAUGUAAAUCCAUGUCGUGCCUUUGAAUGAUUGUCAGCAUUGUAUUCACUCAAGGAAUUGUUAAACUUGUCAUUUUUUCACGUAAUAAAAAGGGAUUCAUUGUAA